CUGAAUCAAAACUUUACAUCAAUUCAAUUGUGUCACAGCUACCCUCAUCUAUACGCCUGUUAAUCUCCGUUUUUGAUCUAGAAGGUUUUGACGAUUGAACAUUGCGAGCGAGUCACUUCGUGGUUGGCAGGAUAGACUCCUCCAGUGCUACUAGUGCCAUAAAUUGACAAAUAUCUACAGUCUCACCCAAAUUCCUAUAUUCCUUGCCUGACUGCGAAAAUGCGCGACAAACUGCUGACCACCCCCACAAUAGCUUGGCCCAGAGAACCAUCACGUUUGAUGGUUUUCACCGAUUCAAAUGAUGACGCCGAACCCGCUCUCAAUAAAUCGGGUGAAACAAGGCAAAUUCUAAACUACGCGAACUUCGAGAUUGCCACUGCCCUUAUGUCUCUAGCACACUUCCGUCGAACUAAAACCGUACCAGUCAGGCAUGGAAGAACUUUUAAUACAAAUACAAGCUAUGCGCGCUACGGUCAUUCUGCUAAACCCCACAGCCGAAAGGCAUUGCAAGUCGAUCGAGAGCAAGCUCUUGCAGAUCCUUGCACCCUACAAUCCUUGCACACUGUUGCUCGACAGGUUGUCUCGAUGCCGUUGGCUGAUCCAAGCUUUCACCAUAUGGAUAUACUACCAGCCGGUAUGCCGACAUUAAUGCCACGAGAUCGUUGCGGGUGGUCACAGGCAACUGACCUCUGCAAUGAUGUUGUGUCUGCUAAUACCCUUGUCGUUCAUAUGCGCAAGCAUGUUGGAGGAUUCUCGCACUGUCGCGUUUACUGCUCCUGGAAUGGAUGUGGCAAGCUCAUGAGGACAGAUUGUCUUGUCCGCCACAUACGCGAAAUUCAUCUGCAUAACAAACGCCGCGCUCACUACUAAACAACUUCGUAUCGACACAUCGUGUGAUAAUACGUAGUAAUACUUACUCGUGGGGUUCGCUGGUAGACGCGCGCUUCAAGCCUGUUUCCCGAUGCGGUUGUGCGGCGGCCUGUGUCUUAAGCAUAAAUAGAACUUCCA